AUGUGUGCUCCACACAUACCUUUCUUUGAGACCUUGCAGAAUGAAGUCUGCAUGCUUAUGCUGAAAGCUGAUCCUGAAGCAGCAAAUGAUACUUAUAACCUUCAUAAGCAAACCAAGGAUCAAGUAACUUCUGAAUCAAGGAAGGAUAUAAAGACAUUGACUCAGACAUAUACAAGCUACACUUCUUUAGUGGCAAUCCUCAUUGCAACAAUCACCUUUGCUGCUGCUUUCACCUUGCCUGGAGGAUAUAGCAAUGAUGCUGGAAGUGAGGGGCUACCCAUCAUGGCAAGAAAGAUUGCAUUCCAGGCAUUCUUGAUCUCUGAUUCCUUGGCAAUGUUCUCCUCGCUGGCUGUUGCUUUCAUAUCCAUAAUAGCAAGAUGGGAGGACUUUGAGUUUUUGCUUCAUUACAGAUCCUUUACUAAGAAACUUAUGUGGGUUGGCUACAUAGCAACCACCACAGCAUUUGCAACAGGUCUAUACACAGUUUUAGCCCCUCGCCUCCUAUGGUUGGCCAUAACAAUUUGCCUUAUGUCGGUUCUACUGCCCGUUCUUACGAAGCUACUAGGUGACUGGCCUGUCUUGAAGCUUAGAAUUCAUCUGGGCAAAACAUUCAAGCCAGAGCUCCUUGAUAUGGUUUGA